AUGGAAAUAUUUAGCAGUAAAAAUUUUGAAGAAAUACAGGUGGACAUGGAAGAUUUUGAUUUUACACAGGAAGAUUUGCGGGCAUUAACAUUACUCGAGACUAGCAUUAUACAGCAGAAUGAACAAGAUAAUCAAUCAGAUCUAGAGUUGUCGGAUUCAAACGAAGAACAGUUGCAUAUUCCGAAAAAACGAAGACGUUUAAUCAUCCAAAGCGACAGUGAGAGUGAGUCUGAUUCCGUUCGAAAUUAUGUGACAGCCAAUAUUACCGCCUCAGAUCGUGUGUCAAAGAAAUGGUCACGCCCUAGGCGUCAACAACCAUCUAUUAUACCAUUUACCGAAACUUCAGGUAUGAACAAAGAAUUUUCUACCAUAUUAAAAGAAGCAGACCCGGGAGCUUUUUAUAGUCUUUUAGUGUCUGAUGAAAUUUUCUAUAUGAUUGUAGAGCAGACCAACUUAUUCGCCUUACAAUCCUGCGAAUCGAGAAAUGUAAAACCUUCAUCAAGAUCUCAUGCUUGGAAGCCAACAGACAGACAUGAAAUUAAACGUUUCUUUGGACUUAUCCUAUACAUGGGUCUUGUGAGACUCCCAAAGUUAAGCUAUUACUGGAGCAAAGAUAAAAUCUUAGGACAGACAUUUCCACGUACCGUCAUGAGCCGCAAUAGAUUCGAAAUAAUCCUACAGUACCUACAUUUUAGUGAUAAUGAAACCGCAAAUAAAUCUGAUCGAAUCUCUAAGAUAAGACCGAUUAUAGAUAUGGUCAAUAAUACGUUUCAAAAGUAUUAUUCACCGAAAGAAGACAUCUGUGUCGACGAAAGUCAGGUUCCAUUCAGAGGGGGAUUGUAUUUAGACAAUACAAUAAAAGUAAACGCCAUAAAUAUGGUUUAA